AUGACACCUCUGUCAAGUCACCACACUGACAAGCUAAUUCAAAUGAAUGAAAUACCAUCAAAACCAUUGGAAACAGUAGCGGCAGAUUUAAAAGGACCAUUUCCAGAUGGAGAACAUCUAUUAGUAUUGCUUGACUACAGAUCCAGAUAUCCCAUUGUCAACCUUAUGAAACAUGGCACAUCGUCCAGCCAAAUCAUUAAAAAGUUAGGAAAAAAAUUCUCACUUUUCGGUUAUCCACAAACAAUGCUAACCGACAUUGGACCACAAUUUGCUUCAACAGAAUUUAAAGAGUUCUUGAAACAUCACAACAUCAAACACCGUCCAGUCACACCAUCUGAGGCUAACGGUGAGGUUAAAAGGUUUAACAGAACUCUUGGAAAAGUAAUCCGGUGCUCGAUAGCUGAUGGGAGAGAUUAG